AUGGGACAGACAGGUUCACAGCUAGAAGACAUGGUCAACUCUUCAAACUUUUCUGCAGAAGAGAUUCAACGUCUAUAUAAACGCUUUAUGAAGCUGGACAAAGACAAGUCUGGUUCUAUAGACAAAGACGAGUUCUUGUCGAUUCCACAAAUUGCAAAUAAUCCUCUGGCUUCUCGCAUGAUUGCCAUCUUUGACGAAGAUGGAGGAGGUGAUGUCGAUUUUAAUGAAUUCAUCAAAGGCUUAAGUGCUUUUAGUGCCCGUGGCAACAAAAGAGAAAAGUUACAAUUUGCAUUCAAGGUUUAUGACAUGGAUCGAGAUGGAUACAUUUCAAAUGGAGAACUCUUUCUUGUCCUGAAAAUGAUGGUUGGAAACAAUUUGAAAGACAAUCAACUUCAGCAAAUUGUGGAUAAAACCAUAAUGGAAGCAGAUAAAGAUGGUGACGGAAGAAUUAGCUUUGAUGAAUUUUUGACUAUGGUUGAAAAUACAGAUGUGGCAAAGCAAAUGACACUGGAAAGCUUUUAA